AUGGCGAACAGCACGGCCCCGCGGUUCGUGGUCUCCUACAGCGCGAACCCACAGCCGCAACCCCUGGUGGUGAAGCUCAAGUGGUCCAACAUCUACGAGAGCGAGAGCGAGACGGAGGAGCAGUUCUCCGGCCUCACGGCGGAGACGCCCGUCGACUGGGCCGUGGAGCUCCGCCGCCGCAUCGCCGCGAACCUGCAGUGGCUGGUGGAGAAGACCGUGCGGUCCAGCAUCUACCGGAGCAGCUACUGGAGGGAGCGGUGCUUCGGCCUCACUGUGGAGACCCUCGUCGGCAGGACCGUGGAGCUCGACCACGUCAGCGGCACCUACGGUCGCAGCAGGCCGACCCCCUUCCUGUGCCUCGCCCUCAAGAUGCUCCAGAUGCAGCCCGACAGGGAGACCGUCGUCGGGUUCAUCAGCAACGAGGAGCACAGGUACCUUCGAGCUCUCGGGGCCUUCUACCUGCGCCUCACCGGCGCCGGCGCCGACGUUCGCCGGUACCUCGAGCCGCUCUCCAACGACCACCGCGAGAUCAGGGAGAGGAUCAGCGACGAAGAAUUCAUGCUCACGGAUGUUGGCUAUUUCAUUGAUGAGCUCCUGACUCAGGACUCCUGCUGCGACAUUGUCCUCCCCCGCAUUUAG